AUGUCUCUCAAAGAAUCCACCGACGCGACGCGUACUGUUACCAUCUACCAGUCUCGUUCAAUGGCGUUCGCUCUGCUUGGAGCCCGCUCUACCGUCGCAAGACGUUUCUACCAAACAUCGGUAGCCGGCAGAUGUCGUCUGCACCACACUUGCUUACGUCCUCGCGGACCGUCCCGACCCGCCGCACCACCUCGCCUCACUCAUCCUGAGGCAAGUCGCAGAAGCUUCUUCUCCUGGCAGAAACCAAAAAAGACCAACCCGCGCUCGGCUAUCCCGGCCGCCAUCGUGGUUGGAACUCUGCUCAUAACAUCCCUCUACCCCCAUGACGAGAUCCAGCGGCUGAAGACCCAAGAGAAGCGAAGCAAACAGGAGCCGGAGCAUGCCGGCAACUCCACGGCAGCUAGUGAGCAGAAUGCCUGGUUUGACUUUUCGACACGCUUCGAGCAAUUAUCGAAUUCGACGGACGUGGAAUGGGGCAAGAUCUCUGACAAGCUUGUAGAGACCAUCUUCCCGGAAUGGUCCAAAUACGUCCCGGGCUACGUCCGGAAGCUGCAGCGAGAGAUGUCCAUGGCCCCGGGAUCUUUGGCUGACGAGAUAUGGGACGAGGCGCAUGAUCCCCUUGUCAAUCCCGAGGUGCAAUAUACAGCCAAGGUGCGCAUUUCGGAUGACUUGUGCGAGGAAGAGAAGGAGUUCCUGGUCAGAAGGAAGAGGAUCGCCACCGUAGCGCUCGCCAGGUAUCUUGGCCUCAAAGAGGAGGAUGUGCAUCCAGACGAUGUCCCGACGAUAGCCAUGUGCGGAUCUGGCGGUGGCCUCAGAGCGCUUGUGGCCGGCACGGGUUCCUGGACAGCCGCUUCCGAGGACGGCUUGUUUGAUUGCGUCACUUACACAUCGGGCGUCAGCGGCUCGUGCUGGCUCCAGUCGUUGUACUACUCCUCCAUCACCGGCCAAGACGUCGGACGCCUGGCGGAUCAUCUGAAAGCGCGUCUUGGAGUCCACAUUGCAUACCCGCCCGUCGCUUUUCAGGCCCUGACAUCGGCUCCGACCAACAAAUACCUGCUCAGUGGAGUGGUCGAGAAACUCAAGGGCGACACAAGAGCCACGUUUGGCUUGGUAGAUGUCUACGGUAUUCUCCUGGCCGCGAGGCUGUUAGUGCCGAAGGGCGAGCUUGGUGUGAAUGAGCGAGACUUCAAGCUCUCGAAUCAGAGGCAAUACGUCAAGUAUGGGCAAAAUCCCUUACCGAUAUACACCGCUGUGCGUCAUGAGAUCCCAGAUGCUGCAGAUGAGACAAACUCAGCUACGGGAGUCGUCACCGAAGAGGCAAAGGCAAAGGCAAAGCAGGAGGCGUGGUUCCAAUGGUUCGAAAUCACUCCUUAUGAGUUCUUCUGCGAGGAGUUCUCAGCGGGCAUCCCCACUUGGGCGCUGGGGAGAAAGUUCAAGGACGGGCAGGACGUCCCUCCCGAACGGGGAUUUCAUCUACCUGAACUUCGCAUGCCUCUGAUGUUGGGCAUUUUCGGUAGCGCCUUCUGCGCCACGCUCAGCCACUACUACCGAGAAAUCCGGCCACUCAUCAAGAACCUGACGGGUUUCGGGGCCGUCGACGAGCUUGUCUAUGGCCAUAACGAGGACCUGAGCAAGGUUCACCCCAUCGACCCGGCCAUGCUUCCCAAUCCUGUCUAUGGCAUGAAGGGCAAGCUGCCCAAGACGACUCCUUCGACGCUGUACGACAAUGAGUACAUCCAACUCAUGGAUGCCGGCAUGUCCAACAACAUCCCGCUGUAUCCUUUCCUCCGUCCCGGACGCAACGUGGAGAUCGUCAUUGCCUUCGACGCUUCAGCCGACAUCAAGACAGACAACUGGCUCUCCGUGGCAGACGGCUACGCACGCCAGCGCGGCAUCAAGGGCUGGCCCGUGGGGAUCGGCUGGCCGAAGCCCGGCGACUCUCCCAAGAAGCUCGCCAAGGAGCUCGACGAGUCCAGCGCCGGUUCCAGCGCCGAGGCCGAGGCCAAGCUGUCCGAAGCCAAAGCCGAACAGGAGGCGCUGCGCCGCGACGCGGGCCGCGCCACCGACGAGGACGCCGUCGAGAGGCGCAAGUACGAGCAGGGCGAGGAGGCCGCCGGCGAGCUGGGCUACUGCACCGUCUGGGUCGGCACGACGCAGGAGCGCUCGAGCGGCGAGACGCCGCCGCCGUCCAAGGCCGUCGACGACUCGUCCGACUGGCAGCUCAUGGAGCCCGACGCCGGCAUCACCGUCGUCUACCUGCCCUUCCUCGUCAACGACAAGGUGCCCGGCGUCGACCCGGCCGCGAGCGAGUACAUGAGCACGUGGAACUUUGUCUACACGCCCGAGCAGGUCGACCAGGUCAUGGCCCUGGCGCGCGCCAACUACGCCGAGGGCAGGGAGCGCAUCCGCCGCACGGUCAGGGCCGUGUACGAGCGCAAGAAGAAGGUGCGGCUGGAGGAGGCGGCGCGGCGCAAGGAGUGGCGGUACCGGAAGCUCGUGAGGAAGGGUGUCGCGCACAAGCUCGGGGAGGGCGAUCAGUUCAGUUGA